AUGAUAUCCGACUUCUGGAUUAUCGAUUACAACAAGAAAAACUUGUAUUAUGGUUUUUUCGUUGGAAAUGGAUUGGUAGGAAUUAGAAAUAUUCUUGAUGCAGGUUGCACAAUUGAAGGAGAUAAUGUUGUUUUACUUCAACAAACUGCUAGAUAUCGAUUGAAAAUUAUGGAAGAACUUGAAGAUAAUAAUGAUAAAAAUAUUAAUCCAUCAAUUUAUGAAAUAAUAUCAAAAUCAUCAUCUCCUGACGAACAAUUCUUUAAUAAUUCAGUUCAACUCGUACAUACAACUAAAACUCAUAUAGAAACAUUUAUAAUGCGAAUGAAAUUAUUAUCAGUUGAUCAAAUCUAUGAACUUGAAAGAAAAAUCACAAGUGAAGAUUUAUAUUUGUGGUCAAUUCCAAUUGAUAUUAUUGAAAACUAUGAGAUUUAUAUUGAAACAAAUGAUAUUUCAUUAGAAGAUGAAAUGAUUACAAAUUGUACAUUACCAAGAUUUGGAUCAAUGUGUCAAUAUGAAUUCUAUUAUUAUCAUAGAAAUUAUUCAUCUUUAUAUGAAAUUAUUCAUGGUUAUUAUAAAAGUUAUGAAUACGAUCCACCUGAUUUAACAUGUUAUUUACAUUUACAAUGUAAUCGAGAUUAUGCAUCUGUUUGUUUAGACUGGACAGAAAUUUGUAAUGGAAAACUUGAUUGUCUUGAUGGUCCAUAUGAUGAAGAACAUUGUUGGCAAUUAGAAUUCAUUGAAUGUAAUGAACAUGAAUAUCAAUGUCAAAAUGGACUUUGUAUUCCAAAUGAAUUUGUUAAUGAUAAUGUAAUUAAUUUUGAUUGUCUUGAUCGAUCAGAUGAAAUAAAUCCCAAUUUAGAUGUGUACAGAAUUAUGCAUAGACAAGAACCUGCAUUUGGAUAUGAAGAUGCUAUAUGUCAAAAUCGAUUUUUAACAAAUUCUUGUUUUGAAAAACGACAUGAUUUGUUAUUGAAAUCAAUAUUUUCAAUAAAAGAUCAAUCAAUAUCAAAUCAAUGUUGGUUUGCACUUCAAUAUUAUUUUGGUAUUAAAAAUUCCAUGUAUUCAUCUCUUUCAAUAAAUAUAAUGAAUAAUAUUUGUAAAACAAUUCUUAAAGAAAAUUGCUCAGAGACUUUAGUUUUUCCAAAUAUUCCCAUUUUCUUUGGCCAUAUUUAUAUGGUUUUUAAUACAAAUAACUUAUCAUUUCCUUAUUUAUGUUCGAAUCAAUCUCAUUUUACUUAUGAUAUAUCAAUUAAUUAUAUGAAAUGUUUGAGUACUGAUCUAAAUUUACAACUAAUAAUUGAAAAUGAAAUAACUUGGUAA